AGGAGACGCCGCGGGAUGUCAUCCUCAGGGAGAUCCUUUCAAAGUGGGCAAAAGACGGCCGGAAUCCUCAGAGAGCGGCUCCGGAGGCGCCCCGGGAGCCGCGCGUGCCCCCGUGGGUGCGGAGCAUCAUGGGCAGUCUGAAGACGCUUGGCUUCCUGCCCGCACGCACGCGGCCCUCGCCGCAGAGGCCCCUCGACACGCACCGACUCUCCGGCUUCCUCCACAACAUUUCCCUCUACCUCCAAGAGAUGGGCGCCGAGCUGGACGAGGCCCCGGCGGACCUGGACGAGGAGCAGCUGUGGGCGAAGGUGCUGCAGUUCCUCCUGAGCCAGGGCGACGGCCGGCCGCCGCCGCGUCCCAGCUUCAAGGUGCAGGACUGGUUUUUGUCCCUGAGGGGGAGUCCCCACUGGGACUGGCUCCUGGGGCUGCUGCAAGCGCUGCUCUCCUUAUCGCAGCGCCAGCCGCACGGGUCCCUGUUGGCGCUGCUGUCGGAGAACUGGCGGACGGUGAGCGCGGUGCUGGAGGCCGCUCUUCAGGCUCUGGUCAGCGGGACCUACGGCCAGGCCAGCGCCGGCCUGCAGGGCUUCAUCUGCGCCCUCCAGGGCCGGAGCGACUGCGCGUUCAGCGUCGGCUGGCUCCAGCAGCUCCUGGGCUUUCUAGAAACGCGCAGCUGGAAGCCGGUGGUCAGUCUGCAUCCAUCGGGGGGCGGGGCCGAACCCGCCAGGGGCUCGGGGCGCCUGAAGCCCUUCAGCCUGCCCCCGGAGGCCACGAAGCAGGGCGGGCCGGCCGGAAACGCGUCCGAGCCGGCGGCGGCCGUGCAGAGCUCGCUGCUGCAGGCGCUGUACCGCUCGGGGGGAGGGGAGCGAGCAGACAGCGCGGCCCAGGAGAGCCUGGCGCUGGUGCAGGGUCUGGACGGGCUGAGGAGGGGCCUCCUGCACCGGGUGGGGAGCUCCGUCUAUGCCAACCUGAGGAGGAAGGUGUCGCGCGUUACCAUGGCGAUGCUGGACGACGUCAGCAGCCUCGUGGACGCGCCGCAGCCCGGCGCCCGGGGCCGCUGCUCCGUUGGCGACCUGAGACAGCUGAUCUUAUGGGGAGUGAGGCAUAACGUGACAUGGAACGCCCAGGCCCUGGGAGUCAGCUCCCAGGGCCUCCCCAGCUCCCUCCCGUUCCUGUCCUGCCCCUCCACGUCUGGCCAGGAUGAAGAAGCCUCGCAACGAACACCCGCCCAGACGCCUGGGACCCCCCGAAAGUCCCCUUCGAGGGCAGCGUCUGAGCCGAAACGACUCCAUCAACACCCCGCAGCACCUGCCGGCUCCCGGCUCGACCUGCCACCAAGACAGAGAGUGGUCAACGGCAGCGGCCGACAGGGGGAAGUGGAGCCCUUCACCUCCACGGAGAUCCUGGAGGCAGCCUGUAAUGACUCCAUCCCAGGCCUGACAGGCGUCUCCAACUUCACCGUCUUCCUCUACUGUAAGCUCUUCGAAGGGGAGAACGGGUCAGUGAACCCCACAGCGGCUCAGAUGGGGCCGGACCUGCACGCCACCUGCUCCGAUGCCGCCUGGUACCUGUCCGCCGCCGAGGACGACUUCCUGUGGGUCCACGUGUGCAGCGAGUUCUUCGCCCACGAGUUCAACAACACGGUCUGUGCCAACACCUCUUUCUGGCUGCAGAGAGCUCAGCAGGCUGCGUCGACGAAGGACCAGCAUUUGUUUACCCAGACAAGCAUAGACGAGCUGUGCGUGCAGCUGCCGGGUCAGGCGGCGCCGGCGACCGCGGGCCCGGGCCUCGAUGACUGUGUGCUCCAGCUGGGCAGCAGCUCGCUGAGCGCCCAGGCUUUCAGACACUGCUUCAUGCCCAACGACUCCGUACUGAGCUCAGCCUUGUGUGCAAAGGAGCCCCACGACCCGGGCAGCUGGGCCGCAGCUUACUGCUCCAAGACCCUCAACGCCUCCCGCGCCGACCCCGCCGACCCCUGUCAGUACAGGGCCUGGGCCGCGCAUGACUUCGCCAACGCCUCCCUCCUGGAGCUCUGCAGGCAGACGCAGGGGCUGCAGGAGCACGUGUGUCUGAACGCCGACCUCGCCGCCCUCUGCGCCGACCUGCGGGCCGAGCCGGCGGGCAGGAAGUGCCUCCUGCGGCGGUUCUUCGACAUGCUCCCGGCGCCGUACGCGCUGGACACGGCGCAGCUGUGCGCGGAGCCGGCCCCGCUGCUGCUGGACGUCAUUCACAAGCUCAGCGUGUGCGAGGUGGAGGGAGGGCAGCGCGAGGGGCUCCUGGUGGCGCUGGGCUACGUGCUGCGCGUGCUGGACUUCCUGGUGGGGCUCUCGGCGGGUCUGGAGGAGGGGGAGGGAGAGGCCCGACAGGGGCUGCGCCAGGCCAUCCUCCUCUCCAGCCUGCUGGACAACGCGUCCUGGGCCGCGCUGCAGCCGGAGGCCUCCACCAGCGUCCUGCACAGCGUGGGGGUGUUCCUGCGCAGAGAGCGCAACGCCACCCUGAAGGAGGAUCUGCUGAGCUGCUUCAGUCCCGUCCUGUGGGACCUGAUCCAGCGGGACGACAACUCGUCCGCCCUCCGGGUUCUGCUGCAGGAGUACCUCCAGAUGCCGAGGGACAGCAUCCGCACGCUGGUGAUGUCUGCUGAAAAGGACGCCGUGAAGAGGUUCAUCUCCCACAUGCAUCAGAGUUGGGACCAGCUGCAGGUUGAGACCAGUCAGGCCUCUCAAAAGGAGUUGCAGGCCAUGGAGACGAUGACGGCUGCCUUCAUCCAUAAGUUCCCUCGCGUGACGCCAGAGCUUUUCGUGGACCUGUCUCAGUUCAUUCCCUUCAUGUCUGUCUCCGACAUCAUGAGCUUCCCCGCAUCCCUGAUCGUCAACGACAGCGUGUUGACAGCCAUUCGUGACCACAGCGCCGACAUGAAGUCGCUGCAGAAAAAGGCCUUUGUUAAAAGGCUGCUGCAGUCGAGCGCGGUGGGGGAUGUCCCUUCAUGGCCACCGUACUUCCUCAGCUCCAUCCUCCCACUUCUGCCUUAUCUCCCCGUCAGUCAUUUCCAGCAGCUGACGUCCCAACAGCUGACGCCUCUGGUAGCGUUGCUCGGCAACAGCAGCCUGGACGGCGUACGGGGACGCCAUGUGCUGCGCACCCUCGUCAGCGAGAAGGAAGAUCUCACCAGUGAUGACAUACAGAGGUUGGGAGGUCUUGCGUGCUUCCUGGACCCAGUGGCGCUGGGCCAUUACCUCCAGAGCUCCCCCGUGUCGCCUGCUGUGUGCCAGCAGCUGGCCCAGUGCGUGUCGGGGGGGCUGGUCAGCGCCGGAGGCCGGCUGUCGGCCUGGCUGCUGCCCGCGGUCCGGGCCCUGAACGGCAGCAGCAUGGCCCCAUCGGACCUGUCUGCUCUCAGCGGUCUGCUGCCGCAGCUGGGGGCGUCCUUCCUGUUGUCGCUGCCGUCACAGCAGCUCGUGGAAGUCCUCGCUCAGCCAGGAUUGCGCUCGUUCUCCCCAGCGCAGGCUUUUCAAAUCUUAUCCAAGAUUUCAAAGGACACUAAUCUCACCCUGGAGCAACUGUGCAGGCUGAGGCCCUUACACUCCGGUCUGUCUCCCGCUGUGCUCCGAGACCUCCGCUGGCCUGAGAUCAGUGAAAGUGCUCACUGCCAGUGCUGGCGAGUGCUGCUAACCGAGCUCAAGCCAGGCCAAAGGGCCAUGGUGUACGAUGGAGUGCAGGAGGCUUUCCGCUUGCAGAACAUCACACAGCGGGGGACCUGCCUCUUACCGUUUGUCCCCCUGAGGGAGCUGAUGGAGGUGGCCGAUGGAGAAGCCAUCCUGAGGCGCAUUGGCCUGUACAGAGACGCGCAGUGGUCGCCUCAGCAGGCUCAGUUUCUGUUUAAACAGAUCCAUCAGUUUAAAAACAUCACUCACACGUCAGUGAGGGCUCUGGGUCAUAUCUCCGAUGGGAUGAGCUGUGACUUUCUGAGGAGUUGGACCAACCAUACGCAUUUUGCAGAGCUGCUUAAAUUUGUUAGUGAUUGUCCUGGAGGCAUUAGACCUUCUCUGCAAAAAUGUAUCAUAGAGGAACUGAGGAAACGACCUGACCUGGAUCUCAGUGUGUUGAGUUCUAAGUUUGCUGUAACAUUACCAGUGACGAUGAUAGAGAAACUCUCCAACUCCUCCCUCAGAGGGAUCUUCAACCACAUCCAGGCACACUUUGCUGAUUUCCUCAGACUUCCACAUUACAAGCAGACAAAUUUAGCUGAGAUGGCCCUAACUGAGCUGGGCUCCUCUCUGGCGAAGGAGGAGAUUGACAGCUCCAUGCUGGACCUCCUGGGUCCUUUACUGACGUUCUUGGACAGGGGCAGUUUGUCUCUGGUGGAUAGAGGCGCUCUGGCUCCACGACUGGAGGAGAUGAGAAAUUUCUGCCUUCCUAAAGAGGCGCUCAGAGACAUUAGUGCCCUGCUCACUCAAAAAGACCUGUUCGGGGACCCGUCCAAAUGGCAAACUGGAGACGUUGAACAUCUGGGCAGGCUGGUGUUUUCCCUCUCAACAAAGCAGAUGAACUCCAUCCCGCUGACAGUGCUGAAUAAGGACACGGUGGAGCAGGUGCUGACGGGUCAGCGGCGCUGGGAGGACAGCUCGGUGGGCGCGGUGUGUAGGACUCGGUGCAUGGACGAGCGCCGGCAGAGGCAGCAGACUCAGAGUCUCCUUCGAGGGAUCGUCAAAGGCCGGAGCAGGAGGGCAAAAAUGCCCGUUCCGAGCUGCGCAGACAUUAGAGGGACGUUUCCUUCGGCUUGGACCUCCACUCAGCUCGGCCGAAUGCUGCUGGACGACCUGAGACAGUGUGUGGAGGAUUUUGGUGGGGACAUGUCUCUAAGCCCUGAGCAACGCCGAGCACUCUGGGUGAAGCUGAGGCAGUUUUUCAGCCCAGUCAGAGAGGUGAGGGCCGACCAGGUGCUGGCUCUGGGCUCGCUGGUGACCGAGAUGGGGGAAAGAGAGCUGCAAGACGCCGACAUCACCGAUCUGGGUGUGGUUGCACAUCUGGGGACACUGACAGACUGGAGCCCUAAAAAGAUGAGAUCUGUGAUUUUGGCUGUGAUGAUGAAGAGAAAACUGAAGGUGCAGCAGCUCUCAGUCACUGAUCUGGCAGCAUUUGGCCAUUUGAUCUGUGGACUUUAUCCCUCGGAGAUAAAACAACUGAGCCCGUAUAACCUGAGCAUGGCCGUGCUGUACCUGCGGGAGAUUGCUUUGCCCUGCACCGAACAGCAGAUGGAGGCUUUGACAAGCCGUUUGUCCAGACCAGAGGCCUUUGGUCCAGUCAGCGCUUGGGGACCGGAAGUUUUUACGGAAAUCGGGACACUGGCAGCGGGUCUGGAGGACAUGGUGCUGUCGGCGCUGGUACAAGAGCAAGUGGAGGGAAUCACACCUGAAGCCAUCGGCCUGAUGUCACCCAAAAAGAUGGCAGUAGUGUUCGGCGCCGUUCAGCUGUCGUGGCUGAGCGUGGAGCAGGCGUGGGCCGUCACCGAGGAGCAGUGGGAUGAGCUGGACACCGACCAGAGGCACGCGGUUGGACUCGCUCGAUACGAGGGCGACGUCCUGCUGGAGAUGAGAGGGAGAAGCUCGGCUCCUGCAGCGGUGAACACUGACUGCCUCGCUGUGGGCUCGCUGGCUUUGUCUCUCUUGUUAUGGCAACUCAUUUAAAAUGCUGGAACAAAUUUAAUUGCCCUCUUGACCUCCCUUGGUAUUAUCAUUUGUACUGCAAAUAAAUAUUUUGAACUGUU